AUGGCGGCGGAGGCGGUGAAGGUGGUGGUGCGCUGCCGGCCCCUGAACGCCCGCGAGCGGGCCCUGGGCUGCGCGGCCGUGGUGAGCGUGGACAGCGUGCGGGGCCGCUGCGCCCUGCGGAACCCCGCGGCCGCCGGGCAGCCCCCCAAGACGUUCGCCUUCGACGGGGCGUACCGGCAGGAGCACGGCACCGAGCAGAUCUACAACGAGGUCGCCUACCCGCUCGUCGAGGGUGUCACCGAAGGUUACAAUGGCACCAUAUUCGCCUAUGGCCAGACUGGCAGUGGGAAGUCAUUUACUAUGCAGGGAGUUGUGGAUCCUUCUACAGAGAAAGGCAUAAUACCUAGAGCAUUUGAACACAUUUUUGAGAGCAUCCAGUGUGCUGAAAAUACCAAGUUCUUGGUGAGAGCUUCCUACCUGGAGAUUUACAAUGAAGACGUACGAGACCUUCUAGGAGCUGAUACCAAGCAGAAGUUGGAGCUGAAGGAGCACCCGGAGAAGGGGGUGUACGUGAAGGGGCUUUCUCUGCACACUGUGCACAGCGUGGUCCAGUGUGAGCGGAUCAUGGAGACGGGCUGGAGGAAUCGAGCAGUGGGUUACACCCUGAUGAACAAGGACUCAUCCCGCUCCCACUCCAUCUUCACCAUCCAUAUGGAAAUCUGCACCGUAGAUGAGGGAGGGCAAGACCACCUUAGGGCUGCAAAACUCAAUUUAGUGGAUCUGGCAGGAAGUGAGAGACAGUCAAAAACUGGAGCCACAGGGGAGCGGCUCAAAGAGGCCACCAAAAUCAACCUGUCCCUCUCUGCUCUGGGCAAUGUCAUCUCAGCCCUGGUCGACGGCAGGUGCAAACACAUCCCCUACCGCGACUCGAAGCUGACCAGGCUGCUGCAAGACUCCCUUGGAGGGAAUACCAAGACCCUGAUGGUAGCAUGCUUAUCUCCAGCUGAUAACAACUAUGAUGAAAGUCUCAGUACCCUGCGCUAUGCUAAUCGAGCAAAAAACAUCAAGAACAAGCCCUGUAUCAAUGAGGACCCCAAAGAUGCUCUGCUGAGGGAGUAUCAGGAGGAGAUUAAGAAGCUGAAGGCCAUUCUAGCUGAACAGAUGAACGUGAAUAACUUGUCAGGCCUUCUACCUGCCGAGACUGCUCACUUGGAAGUGAAGCCAGCUCCCCCCCUCAAACCCCAGCCAGAUGUUGAAGCAGAGAAGCAGCUGAUCAGAGAAGAGUACGAGGAAAGGCUGGCCCAGCUAAAGGCCAGCUACGAGGCAGAGCAGGAGUCCCGUGCCCGCCUCGAAGAGGACAUCAGUAACCUGAGGAACUGCUAUGAUCUCAAGCUGUCUGCUCUCGAGAAGAACCGCAGGAAGGAAGCAGUGUGCACCCUCCAGGCCUCUGAAAUAGAUUUUCAUGUAAUUGCCAUGAGGACUGAAACUGCUCCUGAUGAGACACCUUUGCCUGAAGACUCUGUUGCUGCAGCGGUUGAAGAACCAACAUCAGUCAAGGACCCAGCAGCGCCUCAGACUGUCCAAGGCGCUGGUGGUGUGAGCAGGGGGAGCACUGGAACAGAGGUGGCUGUCACCAUGGAGGGGAUUUCGGUGCCUGUAGACCAGCAGCAGGUGCUUGCCAGGCUGCAGAUGCUAGAGCAACAGGUGGUAGGGGGGGAACAGGCUAAAAACAAGGACCUCAAGGAAAAGCAUAAACGUCGGAAAAAGUAUGCAGAUGAGCGGAGAAUGCAGCUAGUGACUGCACUGCAGAAAUCUGACGAGGACAGCAGCGACUGGGUUCUGCUUAAUGUCUACGACUCCAUCCAGGAGGAGGUUCGAGUCAAGAGCAAACUUCUGGAGAAGAUGCAGAAAAAGCUCCAGGCUGCCGAGACCGAGAUCAAAGAUUUGCAGUCAGAGUUUGAGCUGGAGAAGAUUGAUUACCUCAGCACCAUCCGCCGGCUGGAGCGAGACUCGAUGCUCUUCCAGCAGCUGCUGGAUCGGGUGCAGUCCCUCGUCCGGCGUGACUGCAACUACAGCAAUCUAGAGAAGAUUAAGCGCGAGUCUGUCUGGGAUGAGGAGGCUGGCUGCUGGAAAAUUCCAGAGCCUGUCAUUCAAAAAACCCACCUGCCCGCAGUUCCAGCACUGCCACAGUCUAAAUCUGCCAGAAAGAGCCCUUCAGCUGAGAGUGGAGAACCAACGCAAGAGGAAGACCGCUACAAGCUGAUGCUGAACAGGAGUGAGAGCGAGAGCAUUGCCAGCAAUUACUUCCGAUCCAAGCGAGCCAGCCAGAUUCUUAACACUGAUCCAAUGAAGAACCGAGCUCAGCCCACCGCUCCCUCGGGGCUGAACACCGCUUUGACCAGCACCUCCGCCACGCUGCCACCGCCAGAGCUGCCCCAGCUGCGUCCAUUCCGCCUGGAAUCGCUCGACUUCACGCCGCCGGCCUCCAAAACCACGCGGAAAAGGGGCAAAGGCGGCUUGGGCAGCGACGCCUCCUGA